UUUUGAUCCUCUUCUUCUUUUUUCAAUCAAAAUCCAAUUUUUUUUCCUCUCUGAUCAUCGAACCCUAGUUUCUUCUUUUGGAUACUAAUCGGAUCGCCAUGGCUAAGAACUCCUUCAAGCUUUCUAAUCCUCUGGAGAUGAGAAUGGCUGAAUCUACUCGUAUCCGAGCGAAAUACCCUGACAGAGUUCCCGUGAUUGUGGAGAAGGCUGGACAGAGUGAUGUUCCUGACAUUGACAAGAAGAAGUAUCUUGUACCAGCUGAUCUAACUGUUGGCCAGUUUGUGUACGUUGUGAGGAAAAGAAUCAAGCUUGGAGCCGAAAAAGCCAUCUUUGUCUUUGUCAAGAACACACUACCCCCAACCGCGGCACUGAUGUCUGCAAUCUAUGAAGAACACAGAGACGAAGAUGGGUUUCUCUACAUGACAUACAGUGGAGAGAACACAUUUGGAUCUUCUCCGCCGCGAAUCGAGCUCCUGCAAUCGUCGACUACACCGGCAAGAGCUCUUAUCAUGAAGAAAGGUAUGAUGCGAUGGGAUGAUGAUGAUGAUGACUCAUCCGAGGAAUCAUCAUCGUCUUCUGCUUCUGACUCAAAUGUGGAUGAUACAGAGGCUGGGAAGAAGAAGAAGAGAAAGAGCAAGAAGCCAAUAGCGAGGUUUGCGAAGAAAGAUAAGAAAGCAUUUGACUAUGAAUCUCUGCAGCAGCAUGGUUACAAAGCUGUUGGUCUUCCUGAUAUUCGUGCUCCCAUGGAGAAACAGGAUUGGUCAUGGGCUACGGGAAAGGAUAAACAAAGAGUAGAGGAAGUGAAAGAGAGUUAUAGAGAACGAGAAGCUACAAGAGCUGCGGUUACAGGUGGUGAGACGAUUGAGAAUGCGCAGUUGCGGACUGAUAGGAAGAAUCUCUCUUUUUCACAGAAGGAGAAGAAGAAGAGAGAUUUGGGACAAGCCAGUAGGGGCAAGAAUUACGUUGAAGAAGAGAAGAGACAGUUGAGAGAGAGUGGCGUUUACUCUGGUUUCGAUUCUUAAAAAUCUCAACUUUGAGGUAAAUCUUUGUAUUUUAUGAUAGUUUGAUAUGAAAUGUGAUGAAACUAGAGCUUGAUUUCUCUUGAAGCCACAAAUUUGUAUGGAGAAUAAUCAGUUACUUAGCAU